GCUGCACCGUGGGGAAAAAGGUAUUGGGAUUUCCCCAAUUUCGGUGGAAAAAAUCGCCGAUAGAGAAUUUUCGCUCAUCUCUAGUACUGUGCAAUACAAAGGGAACAUCUUUAAAAUAAAUAAGUUUUGGUCAAACGUCAUAAGAAAAACUGGAAAAUACUUGUACAGCAUGGCGACUGACGAAAAUAUUAUGGAUGAAAUGCUAGAUCGUAUGACCAAUCCUAGUCGGGAAACGGUGGAUGAGCUUAGUUUGCAAAUGUUUUGCAUGGUGGUGCGAAGUAAUCCAAAACUGGUAGACCGGGCCCAGGAAAUGAUUAUGCUAAAAGUUCGCUCGAGUAACAUCACAGAAUCAAUAAGAUCCAUAAACUUGCUUGAAGAAUGCAUGAACAAUUGCGGCUCCGAGUUUCAAGAUGAGGCAUCUAAAUUUCGAUUUCUAAAUCAACUCAUACGCCUCGUUUCAAAGAAGUAUCAUGGAGCUGACACACCUGCUCCAAUCAAGAAACGUAUCAUGGAAUGCUUGCUCUUGUGGACGACAGAGUUUCCUCAAAAAAGUAAGAUACGAGAAGUAUAUGAAAUGCUAUCUAAAGAGCAAGAAGUGGACCCUGGCAUUACCCCGGCUAUAGAGGCGAAGGGACAGAGCGUGCUAGGUAUCGACGAAGCAAUGCUAGCUAAGCUAAUAAAGAGUAAUGACCCUAAAGACUAUAAAAGAGCAAACUUGCUUAUACAAAAUAGAGUGAAACAGGAAGCCCGGCGCAUGGAUUUGUUGAUACAGUAUAAAAAUAUUUUACAGGAAGUUACAAUAACUGUUGACUUAUUGGAUGAAAUGCUUAAUGCGCCUAAGCCAAACGAAAAAGUGGAGGGGUCAUCUGCAAAUCCGCUUGAUGACUUGACUUCCAUAUUUGAUGCUGAUGAAAUAAAAAAUAAUACUUUAUCUGCAGCAACUAAAAUGGAUAAUGUUUAUAGUUCUUUAAAUAUUUUAGAACCGAUAAAUGUGUUUCCUACAUCGGCUACCAGUGAGUCCAAUGCAAUAUGUAAGACUGGGACCGUGGCGGAGAAAGGUGCCUACCGAAAGCUUCCUGACAUUGACAAGCUAAGCGAAGAUCUCUUUCAAAAGUCGUUGCAAGAUUUAGAAAGAGUAUACAGUUUUAAUAAAAAAGGUCCAGAAAAACUAACUUUAAAUACCCUAGCGAAAGAAAAGGCCGCAUUAAAAACUCUUAACACUUCGCCAUCAAAAGUUCUACCUAAUAGCAUUGAAAAACAAGUUCUUCAGCGAGCAGAUGAUGAACUUAUACUUAAGAGCUCCAGUAAAGACGAUGAUGAUGUAGUGCUGUCAACGGAAAGUGACCACAAUGGGACCCAGGCUUUAGCUUCAGAAAUUAGUAAAAAUAUCGUAGUUGAUAAAACUGUGAAAGAAAAGAAUGUAGUGAAACAUUUAGCCGAUAUUGAAAUUGAUUUGGAUGAAGUAGAACCAACUUCUGUAGAUCGCACACUGCUCGAUGAAGACGACAUAAAAUUGACGUUAAGCUUCACGAGAAAUCGUCCUAGUAAACAAGUGUCAGUGAUUGUAAUCUCCGCAAUUAAUAAAAGUAAAUCGCCAGUUCAUGAUUUCAAAGUUGAAGCCAGUGUACAUAAGCCAUGCAAAGUGCGUCUUUUGCAACCAACUGCAACAACAAUGCCGCCUUGCAAACCCUUUCGCCCAGCGUCUCUUGUCAAUCAAGUUAUGCUAUUGCUUAAUCCUACAGGCAAGCCGAUUGAUGUUACUUGUAUUUUUAGCUACAAAUUGGACAGCGAUCCAGAUCCUAUAAAGGAGUCUCACGUAGCAAAGGAUAUACCGUAUGUUGAAUAAAUUAUCUGUACUGAAUUAGGGUUGUUUCAAAUGUUAAUUUAAGGUUUUAAUUCACUUGUAUAAUGAAAACUGAAAGCUUUGUUGUAAAAAAGGCUUAAGUUAUCGUCUUGUAUUAAAAUGGUAUUUAAACAUUUUAUUUGAAUGCUGACGCCUACUGUGAAUAUUUAUAAAUGAAAUCUUAUGUAUGUAUGUAUAUCUAUACAAUAUCGCAUUUGCACAUUUGGCGCAAUAUCGUUUGUUUACACCAUAUAUGUAAUACUUCUAUAUUGGCAGUAAGCUAACUUCUCAAUGUGUAAGCAUUCCGAAAUCAAAUCGAGACGGUCUAGUACUGUUUUUGUCAAUGUAUUGUGUACUUGAGUGCCGUUUUUGUAUAUGUGUUGUGUACAUGUUUAUUUAUAUACGUAUCUGUUCCUUUUCUUUCGUACGUGUUUAUUGAUAUAUCCGUACUGUAGUGUUUUCGGACGGUACUAGCUCUUACUGCCAAUAUAGGAGUAUUACAUAUAUGGUUAACACACUUAUAAAAUAGUAAAAAUAAUGCUUAAUAUAAAACUACAUAUUGUACUAAGAAUAAAGUUGGGGUAGAAAUAUGCUGGCGUUAUAACCAAGAA